AUUGGAGCAGAUAUUUGUGGUUUCUUUGAAGAUGUCACAGAGGAACUUUGUAGACGAUGGAUGCAAGUGGGAGCAUUUUACCCAUUUUCCAGGAAUCACAAUACUGAAAAAUGCAUACCCCAGGAUCCUGCUGCCUUUGGAGCUGAUUCAGUUUUGGUGAAAUCCUCAAAGCACUACUUGAAUAUCCGCUAUACGUUGCUGCCCUACCUUUAUACGCUCUUCUACAAAGCUCAUACCAGAGGAGACACGGUGGCACGGCCGGUUCUCCAUGAGUUUUAUUCUGAUGAAGCAACAUGGAGUGUGGAUAAGCAGUUCUUGUGGGGUCCUGGGCUCCUCAUUACCCCUGUGCUUGAUCCAGGCAUGGACGUCAUCCAAGCAUAUAUCCCUGAUGCAGUCUGGUACGAUUAUGAUUUGGGCGCAAAAAUCUGGUUGAGAAAACAGUGGACAGAUAUGUACCUUCCUGCAGACAAGAUGGGGCUUCACCUGAGAGGAGGCUAUAUCUUUCCUUUCCAACAGCCGGCCACCACAACAGUGGCAAGCCGUAAGAAUCCUAUGGGACUUAUCGUUGCACUGGAUGACAAUAGUGAAGCAGUUGGGGAGUUAUUCUGGGAUGAUGGAGAAUCGACAGGUACUGUUAACAGCAAGUCCUACAUUUCCUAUGACUUUAAAGUUUCCAAUAACGUUCUACAAAUGAAUGUCACAAACAACAACUAUGCCAAUCCAAACAACCUGACUUUUGAAGAAAUCAAAAUAUUGGGAUUGCUCCAGGAACCAGUGUCAGUUACUGUGUUGCAGAACAGCAAUGUGCAAAAUUUUUCUCAUAAUAUCACCUAUGAUCCUGUAAAUAAGGUUGCUCUCAUACAAGGACUCCAGCUCAAACUGGGAAAAUCCUACUCAUUAAGGUGGACGCUAGGAACCAGUGUCAAUGAAAAAUAUGAUUGUCAUCCUGGUCUGAACGCUUCCAAGGAAAAAUGUGAACAGCUCGGGUGUGUCUGGACUGAAGAUACCUCCAAUUUAGAUGUUCCGUACUGCCAUUACAAUGGCCCUGACAACGGUUAUUCUGUUGCUGAUGUAAAAUACACAUCGUCAGGUGUGACAGCCAAUCUCACUUUCAACAAGAGCAACCUCAAAGCCUAUGAGAACUCAACAUUACCCAUCAGUACCCUUCGCCUGGAGGUGAAAUAUCACAAGAACCAUAUGCUGCAAUUUAAGAUUUAUGAUUAUGCAAAUGAACGAUAUGAGGUGCCGGUACCACUAAAUCUCCCCGAGUCCCCAGAGAGCACAGUCAAGAAUCGACUUUAUGACGUGACAAUUCAGAACAAACCAUUUGGCAUCCAGAUUCGACGCAGAAGCACAGGGACAGUGAUUUGGGAUUCUCAGCUACCGACUUUCACCUUCAGUGACAUGUUCAUUCAGAUUUCUACCCGUUUGGCAUCCCAAUAUUUGUAUGGCUUUGGUGAAACCGAACACACCAUGUUUCGACGUGACAUGAACUGGCACACCUGGGGAAUGUUCACCAGGGAUCAGCCUCCGGGGUACAAGUUGAAUUCAUAUGGUGUCCACCCAUUCUACCUGGGUCUUGAAGAAGACAGCAACGCCCAUGGAGUUCUCUUGCUUAACAGCAAUGCAAUGGAUGUGACCUUCCAGCCUACGCCUGCUCUGACUUAUCGCACAACUGGGGGAAUUCUGGACUUUUACAUGGUUUUGGGCCCAACACCAGAGCUCGUCGUUCAGGAAUACACAGCACUGAUUGGACGACCAGUCAUGCCACCCUACUGGGCACUGGGAUUCCAGUUAUGCCGCUACGGAUAUGAAAAUGACACUGAAAUCGCCAAGUUGGUGGAAGAAAUGAAAGCAGCCGGGAUACCCUAUGAUGUCCAGUACGCAGAUAUUGAUUAUAUGGAACGGCAACUGGACUUCACCCUUAACCCACGUUUCACUGGGUUACCGGAUCUAAUAAAAAAAAUACAAGAAGAAGGAAUGAGGUUUAUCCUAAUCCUGGAUCCAGCCAUAUCUGGUAAUGAAACUGAUUACCCUGCUUUCACAAGAGGUUUGGAGAAGGACGUCUUCAUAAAAUGGCCCAAUACCGAUGACAUUAUCUAUGCAAAGGUCUGGCCAGAUCUUCCCAACGUAGAAGUUAAUGACUCACUGGCUUGGGAAACCCAAGUGGAGCUCUACCGAGCGUAUGCAGCUCUUCCAGAUUUCUUCCGCAAUUCCACAACUGAGUGGUGGAUGAGAGAAAUCACUGAAGUCUACUCCAAUCCACACAAUGCAUCGAGAAGCUUGAAGUUUGACGGCCUAUGGAUUGACAUGAACGAACCUGCAAGCUUCGUUAAUGGUGCUGUUGGCGGCUGUAGAAAUCAACAGCUCAACUUUCCACCAUAUGUACCCCACUUAGGAUCUAGAUCAGAGGGAUUGAUUUUCAAAACGCUUUGCAUGGAAGGUCAACAAUAUCUCCCAGAUGGUUCCCCAGUCAGUCACUACAAUGUCCACAACCUUUAUGGAUGGUCGCAAACAAAACCUACCCUUGAUGCCUUGCGGAAUAUCACAAAGGAGCGAGGAAUUGUCGUCACCCGUUCAACCUACCCCAGCAGCGGAAAGUGGUCGGGACAUUGGCUGGGGGACAACACUGCGGCCUGGAAUCAGCUCGAUAAAUCCAUCAUUGGUCUGAUGGAGUUUAGUCUGUUUGGAAUAUCUUACACAGGAGCAGAUAUCUGUGGCUUCUUUGGAGACUCGGAGGAUGAGCUGUGUGCUCGAUGGAUGGAGCUGGGGGCCUUUUUCCCAUACUCAAGGAAUCACAAUGGGAAAGGAUCCAGGAGGCAAGAUCCUGUUGCCUGGAAUUCAACAUUUGAAGAAAUUUCCAGGAAAGUGCUAAAUAUAAGAUACACCCUCUUACCCUAUUUGUACACAUUAAUGUAUAAAGCCAACGCUCAUGGCAGCACCGUGGUCCGCCCUCUGCUCCAUGAGUUUGUGGAAGACAAAACGACCUGGGAAAUAUAUAAACAGUUUCUAUGGGGACCGGCACUGCUCAUCAGCCCUGUACUGGAACAGGGUGCGGUAGCAGUGAAUGCUUACCUACCAAAUGCCCGCUGGUAUGAUUACCACACAGAUGAGUAUAUUGGCUUUAGGGGACAAUUCAGAAAUUUACCAUCUCCUUUGGGACAUAUCAACCUCCAUAUCCGAGGUGGUUACAUCCUUGCUCAGCAAAGCCCUGCUAAUACAACAUUUUACAGCCGAAAAAACCCAUUGGCACUUACUGUUGCUUUGAAUGAUAGUCAACUUGCAGAAGGCCAGCUUUAUUGGGAUGAUGGGGUGCGCAUUGAUGCAUAUGAAGAUAGUGUAUAUCUGCUGACCUCAUUUACUGCUCAUCAGAACGUUUUAGAGAUAAAGGUUUUGCACCAUGGUUAUGCUGAUCCAAAUAAUUUGAAGUUUACUCAAAUUAAAAUUUUGGGGGUGACCUCAAACAUUCGGGAAGUGACGGUAUUGCAGAAUGAUGAAGCAAUCCAGUCUCCUCAUGUUGUGUCCUACAACAGCCAAAAACAGGUCCUGGAAAUCACCCGCCUUGAACUUGAAUUAGGCAAAGACUACACAUUACAAUGGAGCUAA